AUGGAUAAUAUCAUCUAUCUAUCUAUCUAUCUAUCUAUCUAUAGGGGCACUUCGACAUGGUAUUUCUUUUGUCCUCUCAUAUUUUCUCUUCCUUCCAAACCCUCUUGUUUACUUUUUUUCUCUUCUUUUCUUCCCUCACUUCUUUCUCACAAUUUUCUCUUCUCCACUUUUUUUUUUGGCCUGUCUCUUCCCCACUGUUCUUUUGCCUCUCUUUCUCCAUUUUUGCCUUUUUUAUAUUCUAUUUUUCCUCCAUUUUUUACCUUCUUUUUUAUAUUCUAUUUUUCUUUUUUCCUACAAUUAUUUUUGCUCUUUUUAUUUCUUUUAUUACUUCCUCCUUUUCUCCUUCCUUCAUUUCAUUUGAAUCUUUACAAUAAGCCAAAGAUUAACUUUUCACAUUAUCCUUCCUUAUUUUUCAUGCUUUUUGCUCAUCACCAAUUGUUAAUCAUCAGUUCGCAAAAAAGCAAACACGGAACUGUCAGUCGGCCACCAAGUGGCCAUCUCUCAAGAGUGGAUGAAGAGCCAAGCACAACUGAUUCUAGCAAAGAACGCUGUCGGGUUGAAACAGUUGAUCGUGGGGUGGGGCCAACACCUUUACCACCACAAAAUGUUGAUCCAAGGUUGCCACCAUAUUUUGGAGUACACCCGCAGCAAUUCUUGGACCCAAGAAAUGGAAUACUGGAGUCUUCACCCUAUGGCCUGCCAUUUCCGUACACUGCACUGUCUAUUAACCAGCCUUUACCCUUAAACUCUCACACUCUUGAAGGAAGAUAUCACUGGCCUCCAACACCUGUGCCUUUUCAUCAUCCAAGUCCUGGAUUGGCAAGCAGUCCUCACUCUGAUGUGUCUCUGCUGAGCAUGCGCAGCCCUGUAAAUGCAGACACUGUGUCACAUAUUACAUCCCGACUACACUGGGAACACUUCCAGCAAAACUUUUACCACAGCCCACUGGGAGCCAGACGAUGUAGCCCAGCUAGUUUACCAGGUCUUCCACUGGGAGGUACUGGUUCUCUAAUUGCUGAUUAUUCUGCUCCUUUUAGUUUGAACCAGCGUAGUAUGUUUUCUGACAUCCCUCCCACUCCAGGCAGUGGGAGUAUCACUUUACCAGGUUCUCUUGAAAGUUCUCGACUCACCAGUCCUCGACCUUCAAUUGUGGGCAAAAGUCGAAAAAGAGCUUUGUCCCAUUCUCCCAUAUCCGAUUAUCUUGAUAUUCAAAGCUUGACUCGAAGUUCUGAAGGUUCUCUUCAGCUAACGCCACUCCUUCAUAAUUCACGAAGCUCAAGUGCUGCUAGCGGUUCUUAUGGACACCUUUCAGCUGCUUCCUUUGGUGCUGUGAGUCCAGCCCAUCAGCACGUUCCAAAUUCUUCAUACCUCCGUCCAGGGGCCUUUCCGCCCACACCAUUCUUCUACCAAGUUAUGCAUCCCAUGUUAACUCGACAGCCGCCUAUUGGUCAUGUGUUGCCGUCUUCUACACAGUCAAUUGUACAUCCAAUUCCAAAAUUAGAACCACAGAUUCCUUCAACCACCAGCAACAAAGGUGACGCAGGAAGUAGUGUUGUUAGCAGUAGUACAAUGGACCAGUCAGCUGAGCAUUUCAAGCGAUCAAAGAUCAAGAAAGAAACCGAAUGUCUUCAAGCCAUAUCUGAUCCUGGAGAAGAAGAUGAAGACAAACCAUGUGUUGAAGAUCUCCAAAGAGGAAGUGGACAUAUCCCACAGGAAGGAGAGCCGGACUUCAUUGAAACAAACUGUCAUUGGGAUGAAUGUUCACGAGAGUUUGAUACUCAAGAAGAACUUGUUAGGCAUAUCAACCAGGAUCACAUCCAGUCAAAUAAGAAAUCAUUUGUGUGUCGAUGGAGAGAAUGCACCCGGGAAGAAAAACCUUUUAAAGCCCAGUACAUGCUGGUGGUUCAUAUGAGACGACAUACAGGAGAAAAACCACACAAAUGCUCGUUUGAAGGCUGUUCAAAGGCCUACUCACGUUUGGAAAAUCUCAAAACUCAUCUUCGUUCCCACACCGGUGAGAAACCAUACAUGUGUGAGUUUCCUGGGUGCACUAAAGCUUUCAGCAAUGCUUCUGACCGAGCGAAGCAUCAGAACAGAACUCACUCUAAUGCAAAACCCUAUGUGUGUAAAGCCCCCAACUGUACCAAACGUUAUACUGAUCCCAGCUCACUCCGCAAACAUGUGAAAACUGUCCAUGGGCCAGAAUUUUAUGCAAAUAAGAAACAUAAAGGAAAUGAACAUGGCCAUUGCAAUACAAAAUCUGAACCACAUCAGAAUAAAGAUUAUAAGGAAGAUGGCAAUAACAAAAAGGUUGAAGAAUGUUUGACAGUCACGCCUUUGCAAGCAGCUAGCUCCUCAGAAAGAAGAAAGUCCAGGGACAAUAUGAGUUCUUCAACUGGUCCUAGUCACCAUCUCUCUCCUGACAGCAGCCCCGAGGUGAAUGUUACCUGCAGCACUGAUCACCAUGGAGACCUCCUAGAUGAACAUGUUCACAGUGCUUCUCAGAUUAGCAGCACUGUCAAUACUGACACCCUAGAGGAAGAGGUGGAUGUUCCUGAGGCUGAUGAAGCCGAUAUUCCUUGGCAGGCAGCUCUUGUAGCCCGCACAAAUCGUUUCAAUACAGCUCGUACACUGAACACAAAAAUGAAAGGAAGAUUGUUAAAUAAACCUCCUGCCAUGUCAAUUCUUCCUGAGCUCCCAACCACAAUGAACAAUAAUCGCCGUUGUAAUGGUACCACCAGCCAACCACCAUUAAUAUCAGAUCUGUCCAACAAGAUGAUCCAGAUAAAAAACCAACAGCACAAGAGAAUUGCAAGUCUUACGGGUCGCCAAGAUGCAAAUCUGCCAAACAUUUCGAUUUCUAAUAAUGCAGUCCGUCGAGAUAGCAACACAAGUAGCACAAGUUCAUACUUGAGUAGUAUGCGUUCUGAGAACAGUCCUUACCCAUAUGGAAGCCUGGGUAGUCAGUUCUCAAGUCGACGCUCCAGUGAGUCUUCCCAAUUCUCCACACACCUCAGCAUCACCAAUUCUCCUUAUGAGUAUGAUAUCACGGGCAAUAUACCUAUUAGCUCUCGGCGUUCGAGUGGAGAAAGUAGCAACAUUGGUAACAUGACUGCUCAGCUUCAGAAAGCCACCCUGGGUAGCCAGCCAAACCUCAUGUCUUGCAACCGAAUGAGAAACCUGUCAAAUAAAUACCAAAAUGAAAGAUUGGCUCGCUUCUUCGCCACCCGACGAGAUUUAGAUGGUGCGAGAACCAGUACACCUUCGUGCACGCCACUGCCACAUGAAAUCCCAAAUCGUGAGAUUCGUCGGGCUAGUGAUCCUGUACGAACAGCUGAUCCAAGUUUUGCUGCCCUGAAGACCUUGCAGAGAUUCCAUAGUUUGAAUAUGGUACGACCUCUGCCGAUUCCAAAUAACAUGAAGAGCUUGCUGUGCAAGACUGAAUCAAUGAACACUUUCAAUUCUUCCCGCAGCAGCAUCGCCACUGAUUACAGCUUAGCUGAAGAUCAAGAGAAUGGCCUUAACAUGAUGGACAUGAUUGACAGUGAAGCUGCCCUUGAAGAAAAAAUGUUGGAAGAUAAUGAAGAUAUCAUAAUUCCAGAUGAUAUGCAGAGAGAGAACAGUGUUGCUACAGCAGCUGUCCAGGCUAGUCUGACACAGAUGCAACAAUGGGGAGACACUAACCAGAACUUUAACCAAGGCAACAAUUCCAUGAUGCCAACACCCUCAGGAAACACUGUGGCCAACUCUCCACAGUACAUGAACGCACAGUCUGGUCAGCCGAACCCGGCCAUGAUGAACCAGGGUGCGAUAUCUGGAUCGCAAAUAAAUUCCCAGUGGCUUCCGAUGCCACCUGGAAGCAAACCAAAUUUAGAGUCUGGCAGUCAGUUCAGUGCACAGAAUGCUAUGCACAAAUUGCAACCACAACCUCCUCAGAAGCAGGAACGGAAAAGCCCUCAGGUACAGGUACCUCACAUCAGUCAGUCCCAGAUUCCAGCUCGUGCCAAAGCCAUUACCAGAAGUCAACAGAAUCUGAGACAGCAACAAAUGAUGUCUGGAAAUCGCAGCACCCAGCAACAAGCAAUAUACAAUAGUCCAAAUCCCUACAACCAAGGCCUUACUCACCUCCAUUCAGGUAACUAUGUGACCCAGCAAUCCCAGUCAGGGAACUUGGGUUGCCUCCAGCCACACCCUCCUGGUGGAGCUCCCCAUUCAGCCUAUCCCCAAUCAACAAAUCUCAUACCAUCACCUCCUCAGCCCUCAUUGAACCAGGUGGUACCGUCAGGUGUCUUGUACAAUCAGAAUACUAACCUGGAUCGUCUCAGUUGCCAGGUGAAUGCUGAACAGAUACAGAGCCCGUUCCCCAAUCCGCUGGAAAUGUCUCCAGGUUGUAACCAAGUGACCAGCUCCACAGACAAGGCAGGAAAUCCGUCCGAACCACCCAUCGAAGACUUCAUGGACAAUAUCAACUCCAUAUCAACAGAGAACUUGAUAGAAAAUAUUAGCUCAUUAUCAUCUGAAAAUAUUAAUCGUCACUUUUACAGUCCAUCUAAUGUUUCCAACAGUCGUAUGUCCCAGUCAUCACGAUUCACAAACAUGUCUUUGCUGAGUACCAACAAUAUGGUUGUCAAUGACAUGACGUCUGUUUUAACUCAACUGGCAGAAGAAAAUAAGUUUCUUCAUAUGAGGCCCUGA